GGCGCCCGCGGAAUCCAGCCCGGGAACCCGCUCCGGGGUGAGCGGCCUGGGACCUGGGGCCGUGGAGGCAGCCUGAACCCCGGACGGGUGUCCAGCCGCAAGUCAGCCUGGGUGGGGGGCGGAGGAGAGCCCGGGCCCAAAGCGUUAAAUGAGGAUGCGGGCGGCGCGUGGGUCUGGGUUCGACCCUGCUCUGGAGUAAAGGGGUGCUGAGGGGAGCAGGCGUUUGUCAAGGGAAAUGACCUUUGGCUCUAAAAAGAAGGCUCCAUUUUUCAUGAUAAAAUGGCAGCGGUGAAAACCCCCAGCAGAGAAGUAAAGAAUGCUGAAGAACCAUUUCAUGAUGUAUCGCCCCUCCUUUUAAGGAGCCUAGUGGAGGAACCCAAGAAACCAAAAGAAGUACCUAAUCACCUCCUGGAAUCAAAGGUUUAUGCAAAUCUUCUGAAUAAUAAGGUCAUACAGGCAAAACCUGGCAUAUUGCAUUUUGGAGGCUAUCAAGUAGAAAAACACCACCAGCAGAUACUGCAUGUGGUCAAUAUUUGCAAUGAAGAUUUACGCGUUCAUAUUUUACCCCCCCAAACCAAACACUUUCAGAUCAAGUAUGUGAAGAAGGAGCACCACCUUGUCCCUGGCUUGUCCCUCACGGUCACCGUUACAUUUACUCCAGAUGAGUGGCGAUACUACUAUGACAGCAUCCGCAUUCACUGUCAGGGAGGUGAGACUUUGCUUGUCCCCAUCCAUGCCUAUCCUGUCAUGAAUAGACUGGACUUUCCCUCAUUUAUAAAUCUAUCAAAUGUUCUACUUGGUGAAAGCAAAAGCUAUGUGAUUCCUUUGCAAUGCAGUUGCCCUGUAGAUUUUGAGUUUCAUGUUGCUUUGGUUCAGUCUCAUCAAGCCUUUACUGUUGAGCCAACAUCAGGAAUAAUACCAGCGAACAGGAAGAUGGAUGUGACAGUGACAUUUACCCCCUUUCAGUGUGGGAUCGCACAGAUAAAAGUGCAGCUGUGGAUUUCACAGUUCAACUCUCAGCCGUACGAGUGUGUCUUCACCGGCACGUGCUACCCCAACAUGGCUUUAAACUUAGAAGAAUUUGAAAGAUUAAAUACUCUUUCUAGGAAAGUAGUUGUACCUCCAGAAAAGGCAAGGACACACGUACAUUUUCACCGACUGCCAGCAAAGGCAAAACCUCCCAAGAUUAAGGACAUCGAAUAUCAGAACUUGAGAUUUCCAGUAGACUUAUCGAAUCCAUUUGCUGUGGCAACUGUUCUCAACCAAGAACCAGGAAAAUUGAAGAUUAAAGAAUUAAGAGAAGUUUUGGACCAAGGCACUGAGGUUUCAAAAACAAGACAGAUGAAGGAAGCACUCUUUGAACAGAAAGUCAGACAGGACACUUACGAAGAGCUCAAAAAUCACCUUAAGUGGCAGGUACACCUCGGUAAAGAUCACAUGUCCUUUAAAUUUAAAAAAGACCUUACUGAGGAGCGGCAGAGAGUAAACAACAAAUACAAGCUAGAUAGAGGAGAUCCUGUUUUGGAUGAUGAAUUCCAGCGACUCAAGACAGAAGUUCACCAGAAACGGGUUGUACGCGACCUGGAAGAAAAAACCAGGGAAUUUCAUCCUAAUUUUGAUCCGCUCAUAAAUAACACUUGGGUCAACAGGUUCUGGGCGCAGAGACGGUUUCAGCAAGCAGCACGCAAGGUCAUGAUUCAUCGCCGCUUGCUGAGCACGCUGAGUGCGAUCCGUAACAUGCAUAGAGACGCCGUCGUGAAAAGGUCCACGCACGGAAGACAGUCCAUGGCACAAGACAAGAAUUCCUCCAGACACCUUCGGGCGCGGGUCAGUCAGGACGAUUACCGCAGCUGCUUCUCUGUGUCACCGCAGCAAGUGCUGCCCUUCGCCUUCCCGGCCUCCAGCGCCCCCCAGGGCUCCAGCGAGCUGGCUCCUGAUGGCCUUGGACCUGUUCCAAUUAAACCUUCAGAAAUUCAAAUCAAGCAGACCUAUUCCUUCUUCAAUCUGCAGGUUCCUCAGCUGUACCAGAUCAAGAGGUACCAGCUGGUCUCUGUGCAGAUGUCCUCCACCAGCUACUGGCCUCAGAAGCUUGCCCGGGCCCUGAAGCCAGGAGCUGAGGAUGAAGCCACCGCCGUCACAGCCCUGCCCAAGCAGGACUCGGCACCCCAGCUCCCCGGCGAGACCUCCGUCCUGAGCAUAAGACUCCCUGAGGCCUUGGCCCGGGCUCCGGAGUACGACCCGCUUUAUAUCUUUAACCCCAGCCCAGGGUUAUUUGCCGUGAAGCACCCGCUGACCUACGCGGAAACCUCGAUCGAUUACCAUCUGUGCACCCACCCCAAGUACAACUUCACCAAGGAGUCCCACUGCAGCUCCAGCGUCCCCCUCACCCAGAAGCAGUUUCUCCAUCACACGGAUGUCAUUCCUGGAGUGAUGAGCUGGAAGAGGUUCCAGUGCCUGGUCCUCUCGACCCUGCCCGAAACCUCUCAGACGGAGAUGGCGCAGAGCUGUGAUUCCUUCAAUUUAGCCAUGCUUCCUGUAGACGUCCCUGCCGUUCUUGACGCCUUACCAGAAGAAGACAGAAUGGAGACCAUCGAACGCGAGCUCUGUGAGCAGAGUAUAGACAUCAUGCUGACUCCAGAAAUGAUGGAGGUGGAAUUCCCUAUGUUGGGCUACAAGGACACCAAGAAGGAGAAAGAGGCGAGAGACCAAGCACAGCCACUGGAGAAGGCAGGGAUGAAGACCCUGCGGGGCAAAGCUCUCAACUCGUUGACUCUAGAAUAA